CUAUCACGUGAGCAUAUACCCGCUUGGUCGCGCUAGGCCGGAUGAAGAUGUACCAUGGAACCAAACGAAGCCGCUGCGAUCACCAUCAUUUCAUUUCACCACCACCUCGAGGUCCUUCAUCACCACCGUUCUUUGACGACACGGUAAAGGCCGCUUCACACCUCUAUUGAAGCACAAUGUCUUUGCCUCCAGAACAAAUUAAUAUCAAGCGUCGCAGAGAAGAGGAGCCGGUCGAGACUUUAUACAUUCAGUCAGAGCUGCAUCAGACUAAGCGUCGAUUCACGGACUUUGUCUUCCAAAGAGUUCAGAUCAGUGGCAAUAGCCAUGAAGACAGCUCGUCUAGCCCCUCUUCUUUCUCAGCAGCGCGGAGAAAACUGCUUACUCCGCGGUCGGUGAGCAACACCGUCUAUCCAACUACUGGGGGCGUGACCAACCGCGUCGCUGGUGCAGGAGCAACUGUCCCCUUGGUAAGAGCCACGUCUCCUGGGGCAGAGUUCCGCGAGGAACGUCGCCUGGCGAACGCUCGGAAAGAAAAUGAGGAGAAGUUGAGAAAAGCCUUGCUUUCAACGCCUACAGAAAGCCAGCCGGGGACCCCAUCUGCUGUUCCAGCUUCUAGUGGAACCGAUGCCGCUAGAAAGGUAGCUUCAUCUGCAUCCAGUGAGAGAGGAAGCCUGGCUUCCUCGCCGGGACGGACGCAAUCUCUACGCCGGUUCCAGAUAUCUAGAUCCACUACGCCAAUGAGCCCGCUCCGUAGCACAGGCGGUGGUGUCCAGAAACGCAAAGAUGGCGCGGUCGCGGUGCUAGUAGAGAAACUGAGGCGCACGCCGUAUUCGAGACAGGCGUCGAUGGUUGCUGAUGCUGCUGCUCAGGUGGAUGAACAGGCAAGCAUGACGGUUGCGGGCGCUCUGGCCUCCGAGCCCGAACGGCCGAGGAAGCGGCCGGUGGUGAACCAAGCGGAGAAGAAAUGGAGAGAGGAGCGUAAGAGCGCGAUCUCGGCUGCUAAGCAGCAUAUCUCACAGGUGCUGGACAGGGAGGCUGAGGCGGCCCAUCAGAGUAAUUGGGAGAAUGAGUCGGAACGAUUGGCAAGGGAACUGGAGAAAGUGGCUCUGGAGCUGGACUCAGAAAUGGAUGUGACGGCCACCGAAACAGACUACACGCAGCAAUCGGGGUCGCAGUUUUCGAGACCGUCUCGGCCUCAUUCGGUGAUGCCCAAGCCUCCGUUGAAAUACCAACCGCGCACGCCCAAUAAGCAUCGUGCGGGAGCCUCGGACGCACAAGUGAUGCAAGGGCCAGUCGAGAAAGUUGAAGAGGCGGCGAACACUCUGCCCGCGGGGCCUGAAGAGGACGAGAGCGACGGGGAGUACGUCUACGACACGUACAUACGGAAGCCACUCCCAGACACUGGACUGCUUCCGGACCCAUUAGUUGGUUUGGAUGCGGACCAAGAGGCUUGGUUGCGGCAGCAUGGCAUUGAUGCGAAUCGCCAAGACAUUGGAGUUAUCGUCAUCACGCAGGAGGAUGAGGAGUACUGGGAGAACUUUGUCGAAGACGAUGAGGACGAGGAACGGUGGGAUAGCGAGGAUGCAGACUCGAACGCUGAAAAUAAUCCCGCAAAUGACUAUCCAGAUGAGGAAUUGUCGUGGGAUGAUGAAGAGGAUGAUCCAACGGCUAUCUACAACAAAUACCGGACGUACGCUCGGUCUGAUGACGAGGAGUUCGACUUUGACGACUCAGCCAGUGAGGGGCGCCAUCGUAGUGGAUUCGGGUUUCGGUCGCACGUGGAUUCAGACGACGAGAGCUGGUGAUCGGAGGGAUUACGGUGACACACACACACACACACACACACACAGAGGGCGACACGCACAAGCCAUCAAUCAGGAAGCAAGUGAGCAGGGAAUGGGGGCAUGGCUGACCGAACAACGAGGCAGCGAGACUAGCUCGG